AGUGUUACUACUGCGCACCGUUGCCAUGGCUGUGUUAGAAACCAUGUCUUCUUCACGGCUGAGAAAUGGUCAUCACCAUCGCUUGUAAUGUGUCCUUUAUGCGUUUGGCUCAAAACUGGAGUUCAGCACCAUGGACAAGAUCAACCAACAAACUCUUUAAUCUGUAUUUCAUGAAGAAGAUAUAAAGUAGCCAAUAAGUUUUCGCGCAUAGUGCUCAGUGAAGAUGGAUAUGGAGAAACAGAGCAGGCUGUCAUCAUUAGGCCUACAAUGAUUAAAUAGAGCCCGAUUACUAAACAAGCAAGCUAAUAAAUCGUUUAUUUUACUAAUUUUACGCUACUAUCAGGGGCACAAUGAUGAUAGAACCGUCGUGUGCUUUGAACCAGCAUCAUUUCAAUCGCCAGCCCGGAUAUUUAACCACUAAACGAGAGCACCCCGACACCAACUGUGAUGUUUAAGAAACUCAACGCAGUUUUCCGUCCGAACCAUCUUGGGCCUCGCUCACGGGAUAGGUUCAGGUCCAAUGAGGAUUACCACAGCGCGUGCACCGUGAAACUGGUUCGGAGCACGUCGAUGCUCGUGGUCGGGGAGAGCAGUCGCGCGCAGCAGGACUCCACACUGAAGAGGAGCGUGAGCGCCGUGAGUGUCCAUUCCAGCACGGCCCUGUACUACUACCAGAGUCGAGAAGACCGAAUAUGGCUCUAUUCCCAGAACCAGAACUGCUUAGAGUACUUACAGGAACUGGUCGCGCUCAGGCGUCAGUACACCAAGAGCAUCAAUGACCUCAACAACAGCGAGCGGAAAGAAACCGCGUCCCGCAAGAAGAACCCCGCACCUCGGCCACCGCAAAACAGAGCUGCACAGACUUCACGGCCUGAGCCUUCUGCUCCACCAAUCCCAAAUGAGGAAGACACUCUCCAGUUCUUUGACGCAGUCAUUGCAAGCUGUGACCCAGAACCCAAUCGAAAACCACAUGUGGACAACGGGCAUGCAGAUGUGGACUUCAUAGUGGCAACCAGUACCAGUGAACAUGACCUUCACUCAAACUGGGUGCUUCGGGACCCUCGCCGAAUCUCCAUGACGGAAUCACAGCCCAAGAAUUCAGACAUUAGUCAUGGGCAAGCAGCCCAGCGGAAGGGACACAUGGGAAGCACAUGCAGUAGGAGAUGUCUGCAACGAAACCCUAUCCACCUGCCAAAAGUGGUAGAGAGUGCCUUUCAGACUCUGCGUUUCAAACCCAAGCUCAAGAAGAAAGACUAGCUGCCUAAUCAACACUGUUAUUCCACUGCUUGAGCCCAGAGGACAACUGAAAGCUCACUGUUGUGUGAUCAAAAAGUUGGGCCUGAAAGAGGACAUGAGCUCUGUGACAUGUCAGUGCUUACUCACUGCCCAAGCUUCAUAAAUAAUCCACAGCAGAUUAGAAUCUCUUUUUCAGUAGCCUCAAUCAGCAGAGCGUGACCAUCCAGCUUGAAGUGGAACAAUCGUCCUACGCACUGAUUCCAGACAGAGCAACUGGAAUUUCCUUAUCACAAUUACUCAGAUCUGAAGAUCACCUAUCUGAUGAACCAGUCAGAGCCCAAGGCAGGAGCUCCACCAGGAGUGUGUUCAGAGUCAGACAAUAUGAAUGAUCCAUAACAAAUCAUUUACCAGCUAUUUACUGCCUAGUUACGAGGUGACGAUAGAUAUAGACUUUAUUAGCCAAAUGCAAAAAAAACCAAACAUGACAACUAAGACAACAUUAAAACUAAAACUUUUUUUUUUUUUACUGUAGUCUUUGUUGUAUGACAUCCCUCAAACUGGUAUGUGUUUUUCGUCGGUAGGUUUGUACGUUCAUUUUUUAUGAUUGUUUAUGAUGAUUUGUGACUAUCUGCAAGUAUAUCAAUUACCUGGAAAAGAAUGAUAAAUCAUGUUAACUACAUGAACUAGUUUAACUUAUGUAUUUCUACUAUUGAGACUUUUUUUUUUUGCAUUAAAACCUAUAAAGAGGAACUAAACACCUGUGUUUGAAUCCAGAGCUAAAUAGGUCAGGUUUCUUUUUUUGAAAAAAGGAAGCAGGAAUCGGGUAUUACCCUUUCAGACUAUAAAAACUAAACUCAAAAUACCAACACCAAACCAGGUGCAAUGAGUGUUUAUCAAUAAUAGAGAAUAAAGUUCAAGGAAGUUAAUAGCAUACAACUGAAGUUAUCCAACAUUAUGGGGCAAAGAAGAAUGUAAAUACACUACUGUUUAAAUUUCUGGGGUUAGUAAGAUUUUUUAAAAAUAAUUUAAUGCUACAUUUUGAAUGGAAUUAGAUUUGAUCAAAAGUGACAAAGGUUAAAUUAUUACAACAAAUAGCUAUUUCAAAUAACUGCUGUUAUUUUGAACUUUUUAUUCUUUAAAAAAUUCUGAAAAACCACAAAAAUAUUUAGCAGCACAACUGUUUUCAACACCGAGAAUAUGAAAAAGAUCUUUAGCAGCAAAUCAGUGUAUUAUAAGGAUCAUGUGACACUGAAGACUGGAGUAAUGGCUGCUAAAAAUUCUGAUUUGCAUUACAUGAAUUUUAAAAAUAUAUUAAAAUGUAAAACAGUUGUUUUACAUUGUAAUACUUUUCCCACUAUAUUAUGGUUCACUUUAUUAUUUUUUUUCUGAUC